AUGGCAAUCCCGAUAUAUUAUGCGGUGAUGAGGCUUGUAAACGACCCAAUAACAAUACGAAUGAUGCCGAAAAUGACCGCUAUCAAUUCGGCUGUUGAAAUUGAUUUAAUUGCCAAGUGGUGGCAGAUUCUGUUAGGAAUUGGUGGCCAAGUGCAUUUUAUAAGAGGAGCCGCAAUAGGAAAUGAUGGCCUUGGGAAGCCUAUAAUUGCAAUUACAUCCACAAUUAGAAAAGGUCAAAGCAAGAUCGUACCAUACAUUAAUGAAGGAGCAGGAGUUGUGACAUCACGAGCUCACGUACAUUACGUGGUCACUGAAUACGGUAUAGCUCAAUUAUGGGGUAAAAAUAUGCCACAACGGGCAUAUGAACUGAUAAGGAUUUCACAUCCAAGUCAACGGGAGAAACUGGAAAAAGCAGCGUUCGAAAGGAUGAAAGUAAUGCCAUCAUUGGAUUAA